UUAACCGCAGCGGCCACUGUCCGCUGUACUAUCGGAUAUUAUUGAGGGGUAGGGGGUGUUGUCGUCGGUAACCGGAUACCACCUCUGUCUUGUGGGGCGUAGAGACACGGGGGCGACGCAGUACCGAGGCGGCAAGCCCGCUGUUCCGUGUGGAGAUGCUGAAUAUGUGGAAAGUCAGAGAGCUGGUGGACAAAGCCACCAAUGUGGUUAUGAACUACUCAGAGAUCGAGUCCAAGGUGAGAGAGGCCACCAAUGAUGACCCCUGGGGACCCUCUGGACAGCUGAUGGGAGAAAUAGCCAAAUCUACCUUUAUGUAUGAGCAGUUCCCAGAGGUGAUGAACAUGUUGUGGACCAGGAUGCUAAAAGACAACAAGAAGAACUGGAGACGAGUCUAUAAGGCACUACUGCUGCUGGCCUAUCUGAUAAGGAACGGGUCUGAAAGAGUAGUAACUAGUGCCAGAGAACACAUCUACGACCUGAGAUCUCUAGAAAACUACCACUUCAUUGAUGAGAAUGGUAAGGAUCAGGGAAUCAAUGUGCGUCAGAAGGUGAAAGAGAUGGUGGAGUUUGUACAGGACGAUGACAGACUGAGAGAGGAGAGGAAGAAAGCCAAGAAGAACAAAGAUAAAUACAUCGGAGUCUCCUCUGACAGUAUGGGUGGAGGAGGCAUUAAGAACUCUACUGAGUUGGAUCGAAACAAGUGGGAUGAGGACUGGGACAAGAGCAGAGGAGCUUUCCCCUUCAGUGAGAAGCUCGGAGAGAUCAGUGACAAGAUUGGUAGCACCAUCGACGACACACUCAAUAAAUUUAGAAAGAAGGAGCGGGACGACUCGCCUGACAGAAUCAGUGACAACGAGGAGGACAGAGCAUCAAGAAAUGGAAGGCAGGAAACCCUUGAAUUUAAAGAUGAGGAAGAAACUGUCACAACAAAGAGCAUUCAGAUCACACAAGCUACUGAAACCACAACCACCACCACGCGGAAACGGAGUGGAGCAACGAGCAGUAAAACUCUGGAUCUGGGUGCUGCAGCCCACUACACGGGAGACAAAAGCCCCGAGGAGAAGUCUUCAGUUAGACAGUCCUCAAGUAGCGGAUUGGCUGACCUGUUAGUCAUCGAUCCUUCAUCCAAUCAGAAUACUACAACAGGUGGCAGUUCGGACCUCAUUGGUGGCUUUGCUGACUUCUCCUCUCCUGCUGCCUCUGCCAGCCUCCCAACUUCUACCGCUGCUGCAUCAUCUAAUGGAAAUGGUGAAUUUGGAGACUGGAAUGCAUUCUCAACCAAUCAGCCAGCCUCGUCUAGCUCUGGUCCCUCCCAGCAGGUCAAUGAUCUGUUUGGCAGCAUCCCGUCACCUUCGGCCCCUGUCUCUAACCCUGCGCCUGUCCCGCCCUCCGCUGAGCUCUUUGACCUGAUGGGCGGAGUUAACCACCAGCUGACCAACCAGCAUACAACACUGAGUGCCUCUCAGAGCAUGACUUUCUCUCUGGGAGGGACAACGCCGGGACCGUCUGUUACUUUGCCUACCAUGCCCCUUUCUCGCUCACAGCAGAGCUUGGGAGGCAUGACAUCCCAGCAGCCUUUGGGACAACAGCAGAAGGGAGUUGGAGGUCAGGGAUCAUUGGGGUCAACAUGGUCGGAUCCCUCUGUCAACAUCAGCCUGGACUUCCUAUCAGCUGGCCUCAAUCCCACAAAGACACCUCCUACACUCAACAACAUCAUUCAGCAACAAGGUGUGCCUCCUGUCAACCUGCUGGCUCAGAACUUUGGAGGGCUAAACCUCAGCUCCCCACCACACGUAACACCCAUCAGACCACCAGCCAAUCCCAUGAUGGCAAGCAAUGCCAUGACAAUGGGCAUGCCUGCAUCCAUGGCAACUGGUAUGCCUGCUUCUUUGGCAGCGAGUAUGCCCCCGUCUAUGAACACAGGGACCAUGGGAAUUCCUGUAAACCAAGGCAUGAUGGGAAUGAACAUGAGCAUGAAUAUGGGCAUGGCUGCUCCAGUGAUGAUGGGUGGCAUGGCUGGCAUGGGAGUGCCAGGAGUAGGGAUGGGCCUUGCACAUUCAAUCGCCCCAGCCGUGAUUCCACCCAAACAAGAUGCCUUUGCUAACUUCGGCAGUUUUGGGAAAUGAAGAAGUGCAACUUUGUGUGUGUGAGAGUGUAUGUGAGUGUGCAUGAGACACUAUGAGAGGGCCACAGGACUGCGUUACUUGAAAGACAACCUUGCAUGUAUCCGUCUCUGCUUCCUCUCUUUGGUGAGCUGGCACCAGCGCGUUCACCAUUCAAGCCUGUUGACAUGGUGGUAGAGCAGGGGUAGAGCACCCACUGGUGCCCCUCUACACAACAGUUAUUUGUGGGAAUAAAAAAGCAGGGCAGGCAUCAGGCCAUAGCCUUGAGUCAUUACUGUCCAAUGAGGAGAUGAUUUUCAUCUAUUUUUUAUAAUGACUGAAGUCCCCCUUUGUUACAAUAAAAUAACUGCUAAAAAUGUACUCUACAUACAGAGAAUUUAAUCAGUAAGUCUGACUCACUGUAAAUGGCAUUGUAGCCUUAAUCCAUCACUGUAGCCUGAAAUAUCGUGUUUUGUAUGAUCUCAGCAAAAUUAAUGUAUACCAACAUUAAAGCCAUGAAAUUAUCUCCAGAGGUGGCUCUAUUACUUUCUCUCUCACCUCGUGCCAACAGUGAUACAGUAACAGUGUUUCCAGCAGAGGGCAGGAUGGAUGUGUUAUUUCAGAGGACUUCUUGAGCCCUUUAAGUGUAAAAAGAUUCUUUCCCUCCUCACCUCUUUUUAUCAGACUUCUGAAAGUUUGCACUGGCUCAGUUUGUCUAUGUUUAAAGAUAGGUUGAGUGAAGGAACAAAGGUCCCUCACACACUGCAGUGCUCUUCAUUUCAAACUCUUCACAUCAAAACCAGAUUAAAGGUCAGCCAGUAUUUUAUUCAAAGAACCAUUUACAGAUAGUCUGUUUUAAACCCCCUCUCAGUUAGUCAUUUCAGAGAAGCAGUUAAUGGAUGCCCUAGGAGUUGAUGUUAGCAUUGCUUUCUGGCAUGAGUCUAUCAUUUCUAUUUACUUUUACCAACAGACAUGGGUGGAGGUGCAGAAUGAUAUUUUUAAGAGUAUUUUCAAACAAGCUGCCGAAAAAUAAAAGAUGGCCACCAUUCUGCAAGCAAAUGCUGUUCUCUCUUGCCCUACAAACAUUUUCAAAAAAUUCUUAUUUGACCAAAAGGAUGGUUUUAUGAAUUGAAUUUUUGAAUAAAGGACUUACAUGGUUAGCUCAGACCAAGACAAACAUUUCGGGGGGUCUCAAGUAAGGUGUGUGUAAGAAAGCGUGAAUGAGUGUGUGAGACUUUGUGUGGAUACAGUUUUCUCUGUUUGAUGUGCAAACACAGCUAAGCGGGCUUCUUGUCAUUUUCUGAGGCCCUGAACUCCAAAUGACCAAAUCUUUAUUUUGUUACUCUCAGAAGGAUGAUUCCAUAGUUAUUAGUUUAAUAUUUUAUUAGGUUACCUGCAAGGUUAAGUUCAUAUGGCAGAGAGCUACUAAUAACAUAAUUCAGUAGACAGGAGUCAUGUUUUUGUUUCUUAUUUUGGAACAGCUUGUUUUAUUUGAUUUUACGCUAUAUUUUCUGUACUUCA